AUGGCGAGCGCGGCGCCCGUGCAGCCCCGCGAGCCGGAGGCGGAGGCGGGCGGGGAGCGUGGCGGCGGGCGGGAGCGGCCGGAGGCCCUCGAGGAGCGGGGCGCGGCGGCGGCCGGCGAUGCGGAGCCGGCGGAGGUGUCAGGCGGGGCCGGGGCGGCCGCGGCGGCGCUGGGGGAGACGGGGCUGGCGGUGGGCUGCUGCAUCGCGGCGGCGCUGAGCUGGGAGCGGCCCCUCCACAGCCUGGGCGGCUUCGUCUGCGCUAACCUGCUCUUCUGGUUUGUUGCACUGACCCCUUGGAGAGUGUAUCAUCUGACUUCUCUCAUAAUACUUGGAGUGCUAAUUCUUCAGAUAAUAAAGGAUUUAGUAUUCUCGAGGAUAAAAGGUGCGCAGCUUUGGAGGACCAUCACUGGCAACUGGAAAGUCAUCAGUUCCAGGCAAGACUACAGACCCAGAAUAAGUCAGUGCAUUUCUGAAACACUGAUGAAUUUAUUUGUAUUUCUUCAAGAAAUGUCCCACUUCAAGGAACAAAACCCUGGCAAGUUUUGCCUAUUAGUCUGCAGUGUAUGUACAUUUUUCACUGUCUUGGGAAGUUACAUUCCUGGAGUUGUCCUCUCCUAUGUCCUGCUAUUGUGUGCCUUUUUAUGUCCCUUCCUUAAGUGCAAUGAAUUUGGACAGAAAGUCUGCAACAAAAUUAAGACAGUUCUGAUGAAACUAGAUUUCGGAAUAGUGGAAUAUAUCAACCAGAAGAAAAAAGAGAGAUCUGAAACAGCAAAACCAAAACCCACAGAAGAUGACAGUGAAUUAGACAUAUCAGCUCUGUGUCCUAAGGUUAGUCCUGCAGUUGUUGCCAAAGAGCUGUCAGUGUCUGACACAGAUGUAUCAGAAGUAUCUUGGACCGAUAAUGGGACCUUUAACUUAUCCGAGGGGUAUUCUCCACAGACAGACACAUCUGAUGAUUUUGACCGACCCAGUGAUCAUGAAGAAGCUUUUGCUAGAGAUCUUUCAGAAUUUCCUUCUUUAGAAAAUGGUGCCGGAACAAAUGAUGACGAUGACUCAAGCAUCGGUAUGCCCAUCCAGCAAAAACGAAAAAAAGAACAAACAUAUUUCAAGGUGGAUCACGCUUCCAGCCAGAGUAAAGAGAGACCGUCCACUGCUGGGCUCUCCUUGCCUUUGACCAGCGACCAAACCUUCAAUUUAAUGAGUGGAAUUGCUGGGGAUGUCAUCGCAGCUGCGGUGUCUGCUGCCAUCAAAGACCAGUUGCAGUCCGCACAGCAAGCUCCCUCACAUGCAGUGCCCAGUUUGAGCGAGGAGACAGACACAGAGGAAGCUGAUGAUUUUGAACUGCUUGACCAGUCUGAGCUUGAGCAGAUUGAGAAAGAAUUGGGACUUUCACAAGGCCAAGAAGCAGAAUCCCAGGAGAAGAAAAAAUCUUCAGGCUUCCUUUCAAAUCUGCUUGGAAGUCAUUAACCUGGAAAUUGCAGCUGGUAACAUAGAAGAAAUAAAACAUAAAACACACACAAAAAAAUCAAAUGCAAAAAAGAAGGAAAAUUCUGAGCUGUAAGCUUUAACUAUCCCUUUAGAUGUGUUGUAAUAAUUUCCCUUAUGCAGAGUGAAUUAACUGGAUAAAUAUCAGCUGAUACUGAUAGUUUAAUGUUUCUGGUAGUUAUACCUCAAUGUAAUAGCAUGGCAAUGAAUUAUCUAUCCACUGUUUGGUUGCAGAUGAGUGUUGGAGGUCAGUUGUUCAAAAGAAUUGGGGGAGAGGGUUAUUUUAUCUUUUUGCCAAUCAUGUAUUUUGGGGUCCUGAGCCAAAUUUUCAACAUCGGCAGUUUACUUACUCUUGGUUGCCAACCAUGUAAUACAAUUAAUGAUGCACAUGGUGAGGGUAAGUUAUCAGAGGAUUGCAAUGAGAUUAACUAAAUCUCACCUCCUUCAAUCAUACCGAAAAGUAUGAAUCCCUGCAGUUAGCAUUAUGUAUGGUGCAUCUACUAUAUAUGAAACACAUUAUCCAGCACAACUCUAGUUUAAAUACAUGUGCAACACUAUCAAAGAACUUGGUUUUGUACUUAAAACCUUUGAAUUAUUUUGGAUAUGGUGAUGCAUUUCCAAGUUUUUUGCUGUUUUAGGCUUGUAGAGUUGUAAAGUGGCAUGCUAUUUGACUGACCACCUGCUGUGUUCCUUGAUAGAGUCUGGUCCUUGGCAGUAUUGCCCAUGUAAAGUCAGCCAACACAUUUUUGUAUUUAAAAGUUAAUAUCAUGUAAACUGAACAACUUUUUUGGGAGCAGGUGAGGGUAGUUAUUGUUUGGAAUAGAGGUUAGAGGUAAAAAAAAAAAAAGAAAGAAAACGCUUUUUUAGGUGCCACUUCCUUAAUUCAAGAUUCUGUGGGUUUUGGGUUUUUUUCCCCAGGAGAGCUGCCAUCACUUGCAACAAAAGCUGUGUUGCAAGCUGAAUAUUUUGAGAUACUUAAAAGUAUUUGGUGAGGUCAUUUGCUAUAGAAGACACUCAGAAUCUUCUUCUUGGCAUGUAAUUUGAAACAAACAAAAAAGAACUUGUUUAAAUUAUUUGCCAGUUUAAACUCCACAUAUGCUGAGUGAGUGGCAUGGGAUCUUAAGCAGGUAAUUUAUUUAACUUUUUCUAGGGCUUUUUUGUUCACCUGCGACAAAAUUGAAUUGUAAUACCAGGCAAUAGUAAUCAAAGAAAUAGGGAGAAGUAAAGCUAGUUUUUUUAAUGUGAUGUAAACCAUUAGCAAAGUUGAGGGACCAUGUCAGCUGCUACUACUACUCAAGUGAUUUUCCAUUUGCUGGCAUUUGAAGAGGUGAACACUGUCAUCUAGGACCCUCAGAAAGUACAGCAACAGAUUAUAAAAAUCUUCCACUAACAUAUAUGUGUAGGUAAACCUGUGUUUAAAGUUAACCCCAUUUCAUUUUUUUUCCUUUUAAGGUGAAAAAAUAGGCAGAUGGCCAAAAAGAGUGUAGCGAAAGGAAAGAUGCUGAGAAUUUUUGACACUAGCUUUAUUGUUGCUUGUGCUUCUGUGUCAGUAAUGCAUAUUGACUGUGUUUGCUGUCCUUUACCAGUAAAAAAGUGAGCCUGUGCCUUCAUUAUCAAAUCCAUUACGAAGUAAGUGGAUGCUGGAUAUAGAUCCCACAAGAUGCAGCUUUUGAAAUUACGACAUCUUAACAUUAAAAGCGAGUUUCUGGAAAUUAUUAAAAAAACAUGGCCACAUCACUUCCACAGUGUUGGUUGCUAAGUUUCCUUUUUAGCUUCCCCCAGCCUGUCCUUCCCAUUUGAAAAAAAUAAAAGAAGCUGGGAAAUCAGUAAGUUUAAAAGCCAUUUAAAUUUCUCAGAUGAGUUAAAAGCCUCAUUUCCUUGCUGCGUGUUUAUGACAGUCUAUACAGUUAGAAGAGUACAACUUCCAAGUUGCUGAUGAAACUUUGUAGGACACCCAAACCAACCUGCGCUUCCUUGUACAGGAGUACUGGUGCCAGGAGGGGAAACGGGUUACGGGACAGGGAGAGGCAGGAGGCGGGGAGCAGUCCUUCACAGGCUUUUCUGGAGUGGAUUGACAGGAUGGACUAGCUGGCUGUCAAUGGUGGCAUUAUAACAGCGUGCACUUUAUUGUUGUUUUAUGAUGAAGAAUACUUGUGGUUAUAGAAGUACGUAAAGCAGGGGCACUCUUCUAGAAUAAUAGAUUAGAUCAAGAAGGAAAAGCAGUUGGAGGAGUUUCUUGGACUUUUUGUAAAUGAUCCAUUUUCUGGUUUCAAGAUAGAAAAAUAGAUCGAUUUUUCUCCAGUAGGAGUCUCAAUUUAUUUUUUUUUUCCAGAAAGAAAAACAAAGCAAAACUUGAACAAGCAAAUCCUUAAAGUUUAGGGGCAUAAUUGCUUAUUUGAGUGUCUUUAGAAUUUUGUUUUUCUGUUCUCGUGGUAGUUGAUUACAUUCAAGGCCCUAAAUACUGUGUAAUGGGAAAGAGGUAAUUCUGUAACAUUUAAUAUUCUUCCUCAGGUAGUGGACAGAUGCUUAAUUUUCUGCAGGAAAUUACCUCUUCCCUCCUAAACAACUGCACAUAAGAAACACUUUGCUCGGACACGAUACAUUCCACUGCCAGCAGUUUGACAGCAAAACACAAAGAAAACGUUUCUCUCCUUUGUGAGAUCCCUUCCACACUGCCUUCAGUUGGAAAUCCCUCGAGAAACCUUCAUUUUGCUGUAUUCUAGCAGCAGCCACAAAAUAGCAGUUACUUGAAAAUUCCCAUCACAGUGGUCCACAGCGUCUUUCCUACCGAGCACUGUCGUCACCUUCCAUCUUCCAAAACGGAAUACACGGACAGGAAGAAAGGCAAGCGAGUAUGAGGCAGCACGUAGCUUUGAAACGUGUGUUUGUUCCAUGGAAAGCCUGCUUGCUUGCAGUUUGCAGUCCAAAGGCAGUACAGUCAGCGUAGAGGGCGAGAUCAGAGAGUGUGGAUGUGUGAGCAAGUGCCAUGGGGUAACACAGGGUAUGAUCUUGCCAUGGGACCCGUUCUGCCUGCAUUAUCUGGUGUGCUCUUACCUGGCAGUAAAUUGAGGGUGCCGUGUAUUUUUGCAGUAGUGUGGUUAAAGCGCUCACCCUCCCUCGCCUUGCAGUGGCUUCUUCACGCAUCCCUGCUGGAAGAAAACGACGUGUGUCAGGACAGGGUCUGUGGGAUGCAGUUCAGUCCUUCGUACUCGGGAAAAUUUCCCCUUGCGUUAGUACAUCUGAGUGACAGACGGAGCGAUCGCCAUUUGAUCGGUGGCCUUAGGUGUGUCAAAUCCAGCGUAAAAGUACCUGUUUUCAGCACACAGGGCUUUCAUGUGUAUGUACUACACACCUACUUACCAUUCUUCAGUUUGUUCGUGAAAAAAAAAAUUAUUCUAUGCAGAAGAGGGGAAAUAAUUUUAACCCAAAGUAAUAGGAUCUGAAGAAAUACUCGUUUUACUUGUUUUUUGUUCGUUUUGCACUUUUUCCAGACUGUUUAAGCCUUCUGAACAAAUUCCCUGCAGCCUCCGUGUCUGUUGUCAGCACACGAGCAGCCUAACAGUCUGUACACACCACCUAUCCGGGUAACCAGAAACUGGAAAAUUACAAAAUGUCUUUAUUUAAAAAUAUUUUGCAGCACUUUACCUAGCCUGAUUACUAUUUUGUAAACAUGAAUUAUUAUAUUGAUUGUUUGUAAAACCAUUUAAUAAAUAUGUGUUAGUUUUUAUCUUU